AUGCCAUCUGAACCUUGCGUCAGUGGGCAGGAGCUGGUAACAGACCAGAGGCUAUGCCAGUCCAAGUCUCACCAGGACUCCGUCCUCUCCGCCCUCAACCAGCAGAGGAAGGAUGGCCUACUCUGUGAUGUCACCCUAGUCGCCGGCGACCAGAAGUUCCACGCCCAUAAAGCAGUGCUGGCGGCGUGCAGCGAUUACUUCCGGGCCAUGUUCAGUCUGUGCAUGGUGGAGAGUGAGGCAGAUGAGGUGACGCUUCAGGGAGUGACAAGUGUGGGACUGAAACAUGCACUAGACUUCGCCUACACAGGACAGAUAAUACUGGAGCCAGGGGUGAUUCAGGAUGUUCUGUCGGCAGGAAGUCACCUUCAGCUGCUGGAGCUGCUCAGUCUCUGCUCACACUACCUCGUCCAGGAGCUGAACAGUGUUAACUACCUGGACCUGUACCGUGUGUCUGAUCUGUUCCACCUCCCUGCUCUGGAGGAGGCUGUGGUCAGCUUCCUGGUAGAACACCUGUGUGAGCUGCAGCAGAGCCACCAGGAGGAGGUGCUGCUGCUCCCCUACCGCCUCCUCAGGGAGGUGCUGAUGAGCGACCGCCUCACCUCCCUCAACGAAGAGGAGAUCUGGCAGCUGGUGGUCUGCUGGUUAGAGCAUGACUGUCGGUACCAGUACACAGAGGACCUGAUACAGCACGUUCGUUACGGCCUUAUGGAUGUGGCCGCCCUGCACCACGUGGCACAGUGCCACCCGCUGGUCCAGUCCAGUGCCACCGCCGCCGCCCUAGUGGACGAGGCUCUAGAGUACCACCGUGCCACCUUCGCCCAACCCCUCCGCCAGACCGCCCACACCAAGCCCCGCUUCCAGUCUCUCACCCUCUACAUCGCCGGCGGGCGCAAGCGCGAGGUGAGCCGCGUGCGGGAGCUGCGCUACUUCAACCCGGCCGCCCAGGAGAACGCGCGCGCGGUCGGGUGCUCCAACUGGAGCGAGCUGGCGCCAAUGCCCGCUGGGCGCAGCCACCACUGCGUGGCCGUCAUGGGCCACUUCCUGUUUGUGGCGGGUGGCGAGGUGGAGCAUUCCACGGGGAGGACGUGUGCGGUGAGGACAGCCUGUCGGUACGACCCCCGGGGGAACCGCUGGACGGAGAUAGCCUCCAUGAAGGCGUGCAGGGAACACUUUGUCCUCGGGGCUCUGGGCCAGUACCUGUACGCGGUGGGGGGGAGGAACGAGCUGAGACAGGUGCUGCCCACCGUGGAACGCUACUGUCCGAAGAGGAACAAGUGGACCUUCGUCCAGCCCUUUGACCGCUCGCUGUCCUGCCACGCGGGCAGUGUGGCUGACGACCUGCUCUGGGUCUCAGGUGGAGUCACAAACACAGCUCAGUACCAGAAUAGACUGAUGGUGUACGACCCAGAACAGAACCAGUGGCUGGCCCGCAGUCCCAUGCUACAGAGGCGAGUGUACCAUGUCAUGGCCGUGGUGAGAAGGCAGCUGUAUGUGCUGGGAGGAAAUGACCUGGACUACAACAACGACCGUAUCCUGGUCCGCCACAUCGACUCCUAUGACAUAGACAUGGACCAGUGGACCCGCUGCACCUUCAGCCUACUCACGGGUCAGAACGAAUCUGGCGUGGCAGUCCAUGAUGACCGGAUCUAUGUUGUCGGUGGAUAUUCUAUUUGGACCAAUGAGCCCCUAGCGUGUAUUCAGGUGUUGGAUGUGAGCACGGAGGGGAAGGAGGAAGUGUUCUAUGGACCAACUCUACCGUUCGCCUCCAAUGGAAUAGCAACGUGUUUCCUCCCUGCUCCAUACUUCACCUGCCCCAACCUACAGACUCUACAAGUGCCCCAUCACAGGAUAGGGGCUGACUAA